UGCUUGUGAAAUUGAUGUAAAAAGAUAUACAGAGCAAACCUACAAUGGAAACUUUAGAAAUUCACAUGGAAAAUCCAUCAAAAUCACUUACAAGUCGUUUGGGAAUGUGCGAGGUUUGCCAGAAGACCGAAGCAAAAUAUACUUGUCCGAAAUGUGAGGUUAGGACAUGUUCCCUGCCGUGCCUCAAUAUUCACAAGAAGGAACUCGAAUGCGAUGGGAUUCGAGACAAAACACGGUAUAUUCCAAUUAAAAAGAUGACGACAAUGGACUAUAUGAGUGAUUACAAUUUUCUCGAAGAGUGCACACGCUUUGUGCAUGCGAGAAGACGACCAAAUAUGAAGAAUUUCCAUGGUGAUUUGCCCAAAUACUUGCACCGCCUUCGUGUGAUUGCCCGCCAAAGGAGGAUUCACUUGCAAUUCCUCGGGCAGAAUUUCACCAGACGGAAGAUGAAUAGCACGUUCUUCGAUGGGAAGAAUCAGAGGAUCUUCUGGUGUGUCGAAUGGGUUUUUGUCAAUGCGGAAAAUAGGAAGUUCCUGGAGAGAAAAUGCUGCGAAAAAGUGGCCUUGGGGAGCCUUCUUUCCAAGUAUAUUGGUACUGAAGUCACCGAUCCCGAUAAGGAGUCCUUAGAGCACUACAGAAGUCGAGGAUUUGGCGGAAUUAAAGUCCUAAUGAAGACUGAAAGAAUCCAGAAUUGCGGGAAGAAAUUUUACGAGAUGGAUUUGAAGAAAUCUCUAGAAGAAAAUCUCAGGAAGAAGAAUAUAAUCGAGUUUCCCACAUUCCUGGUGAUUUUUAGAGAAUUGGAAACUGAAUUUGAUAUAAUCGAUAGCGAUGAAGAUGAGAAAAAAUCCCUGAAAGAGGAAGAAAUGGAAAAUUCUCCUGAAAAGGUCUCCAAGCCGGAACCGGACCAUGUAGGUCGCACGAAUUUCCUAUUCACAGAUGAAAGCCUCUGGAACAACCUCUCAUCCGACGAGGAAGAUGGCCAACAAAAUAUUAAAAAAUAAAUAAAUUUCUGAAAUGUCUCUCAA